AUGAGUGCUGAGGAAGUUGCAUCAUUACUGGACCAAGGAACAACAAAAACGUAUCAAAUUCCCAUUGAACAUCUAGACUACAAAUUCAUUGAAAAAUGUGCCGAUGUUAAACAUUUGGAAAAGAUUCUCAUGAUAUUACGGUCUGGUGAGGAAGGCUGUUAUCCUGAUCUUACAUUAUUUUGUGAAAAACGCAUUGAAUAUUUGGCUCCAAACAGCAGAGUUCUACGAAAAGAGAAACCAGCAGCUACUGCGUCUGAUUUUACUGCUGAGGAAUGGGAAAAAAUAAAUGAUGAAAUGAAGAACUGGAUUACAGAUAUGAAAGAAGAGGAAUAUAAAAUGCGGUAUACUACAACUGAAGUAUUCAGAGAGAACCUGGAAAAUAUGCCACCGGUUCGUCAUUCAGAUAGCUGUGGGCCUACUAGCCAGGGCAAAGCUUCAGAAAAGAGAAGACUGAAGAAAAACAUACCAAGGGACUACAGCGAGUGGGACAAGUUUGAUGUGCAGAAGGAGUGUUCUAAAAUUGAUGAAUGCCAUGAAGAGAAGUCUGAAGCCUGCUGUGGUGUUAACAGAUGUUUACCAGAAAUUAACAUAGAUACAACAGGUAUGACCAGAAAAGAGAAGAAUUUUAUUGCUAAUCGUGAAAAAGAGAAAGGCAAUGAAGCAUUUGUCACAGGUGACUAUAACGAAGCAGUUGCCUACUACAUUCGGAGCAUAUCCGCAUGUCCCAGUGUGGCUGCCUACAAUAACAAAGCUCAGGCAGAAAUAAAACUUCAGAACUGGCAAGCUGCUCUUCAGGACUGUGAGACUGUAUUAAAAAUGGACCCUGGAAAUAUAAAAGCUCUCAUGCGCCGUGCCACUGUAUAUAAGAAUCUUCAGAAUUACAGGGCAGCUGCAGAAGAUUUGCAAAAAGUAUUACAUACUGAGCCCCAAAAUGGUAUAGCAAAGAAAAAUCUCUCAGAAAUUGAGAAGACUCUGAAGGACUUAGAACCUAUAUCUCAGACACAGAUCAAAGGAAAAAGAAUUCUUAUUCAGGACAUAGAAGAAUCAGAAAAAGCUGAAGGAGAAAACGGUGUAGAACAUGAAAAUGGAAGCGGAGAUAAAAAAACUGCUGUGCUAGUGGGAGGUCAGAUCACAAGUGAGAAGACUGAGAUGGGGAAUGCGCAAAAGAAAUUCCCUGGCAAAGGAGAUGGCUGUAAAUCAGAAUACAAGGAAGCGCAGAAGAACAGAGAUCCUUCUGAAACAAGCAUUAAAAAAGGCACACCUGAAAAAAGGACAGCUAAAGUUUUGCAUGACUGUGGGAGUGAAGUAAAUGGCUGUCUAAGCACUGGUAAAAAUAACAGUGAAGACAGUAAUGCUAAACCAAAGGAUGUAGAAUCUUCCUUGGCAGGAGAAAGGAGUUCCACUCUGCUCCCCCCUACUGCAGUGGCACUGAAAGCUGAAGGAAAUGCGUUGUUUAAGAACGGGCAGUUUGGAGAGGCUAUUCUCAAGUAUUCAGAGGCAAUUGAAAAUGUCAGCGAUUCAGGAAUUCAGAGUCCAGAGGAUAUAAGUAUUUUGUAUUCAAAUAGAGCAGCAUGUUACCUAAAAGAAGGCAACUGUGUUGACUGCAUUCAGGACUGUAACAGAGCACUGGAACUUCAUCCGUAUUCUCUCAAACCACUUCUGCGUCGAGCAAUGGCCUAUGAGUCCAUGGAACGAUACAGGCAGGCAUAUGUGGAUUUCAAGACAUUAUUGCAAAUAGAUAGUGGGAUUCAGGCAGCUAAUGACAGUGUUAACAGGAUAACAAGAACGUUAAUAGACCAAGAUGGUCCAAGUUGGAGAGAGAAGCUACCCCCGAUACCAGCUGUUCCUGUUUCUGCUCAGUUACACCGGUGGGAUGGAGAAAACUUUGUUUCAGAGACAAUGCAAAACAAAAUGGCACCCAGGCAUCAGGAUGAAAAACCAAAGAUUUCUGGUGAAAAAGCAGAAGAGAUGUUCAAAACUCUUAAGAGUAAAGGGAAUGAAUUUGUGAAGAAGGGUAAAUAUGAAGAAGCAUUGAGAAAGUACAAUGAAUGUGUGGAAUUAAAUUCUAAGGAAUGUACCAUCUACACUAACAGAGCCCUCUGUUACUUGAAGCUAUCUAAAUAUGAAGAGGCCAGAAAGGACUGUGAUUAUGUUCUUCACAUGGAUGACUCCAAUAUAAAAGCUUUGUAUAGGAGAGCUCUAGCAUACAAAGGACUACAGAACUACAAAGCUGGUAUUGAUGAUCUGAAUAAAAUUCUUCUAAAAGAUCCAAAUAUUGAGGAAGCAAAGAAGGAGCUACAGGAGACAACCCAAUUGCUUAAAUUGAAAGGUGACGAUACAGACAACAGCCGGCAAAAGCAAAGGAAAAAAAUUGAAAUCCAAGAGGUGAAUGAGUGUGAAGAAGAGGAAGCCCAGACUUGUGCUUCAGAGAAUGCUGCAGUUAACAGCCAACGGUCAAAAGGAGAGUUUGAAACUACGGUGCCACUGAAAACCCCAGAAAAGUUGGUGAUUUCUAAGCCAUCAAAUGCCUAUGAAUUUGGCCAGAUGAUAAAUGCUGUGAAUGCCAAUAAGGACAUCACUGCCUGUGCAGAGCUCUUAACAGUUAUUGAACCAAAAGAUUUGCCAAUGCUGCUAAGCAACAAACUUGAAGGAGACAAUUUCCUAUUAUUUAUCUAUGCCCUGCAAUCUGAUGCAUUUUGUCAGGACCCUGGGCUGGUUUAUCAGCACCUUCUCUACCUGAGCAAAGCUGAAAGGUUUAAGCUUGUGCUGAAACUUCUUAGUGAGAAUGCAAUGGAGCAAGUUCAGCAGCUGUUUGAAUCUCUUUCCAAAGAGCAAAAUGAACAAUUUUCUUUACACGAUCUGGAGAGCCUUAAAAGAGACUUUGAACUUUAAAACAACUUUGUUUUGGAACUGCCUCUUGCAUGCAUUCCCUUGAUGCCUGUAGGAUGGGCAUAUAAACUAUGCAAAUCUGCAUGGGGUACAGUCCGUUUCACUUGGACUGCUGAGUAUGCUGCAAUUUUAUUUUAUUUUUUAACCGUUCAUGCGCAUUGAAAAUCUGCUCUUCCAUCUUAUGGUAGCAUAUAUUUUUAUCCUACAGAGUACACAUGCAUGUUUUUAUAUUUAUGGGCUGUUCAUUCACAGUGAGGAAAAAUUGAUUGAAUAAAUGAGACCCUGAGGUUAUAUGAGGCAAGGAGCAUGUGAACCAGGAGGGUGCAGGAGAUGAUACCAUUCCUAGUGAAGCGAACAGCCCCUAACAAUGUAGCUCCUGUGAUCUAAUAAUCAGAAUAUGCUCAACUACAUUCAAGUGUAUUCAGGAGGCUAUAUAUGGCCACCCAUUUGUUAGUAUGUUUUUUGGUCGUAUUGCUCUGUUCUUGUUAUUCAGAAGAACCUUCUAAACAAGUUGCUUUUCAGAAACCAUUUUUAGUAUACAGUUCUGUGGGGGGAAAGUCUCUUGUACAAGCCCCAUUGGCAUGAAUGGGCAUUCUGUGUUGCUUUUAUUUUCCUGGGACUUCUGUGGAACGCCAUUCCCAGGGAAUUGUGCACAUAGGCUUCACUUUUUGUUUCUUGACGGAUAAAAUGAGUACUCUGUGCAUCUAGCUGCAGCACAGAUGAAACCACCCUUCCCCCCCCCAUCUGCCACUUGUGCAGGCGCUCCUGUUGAGUGCACUACUAUGUUGUCUUUAGAGGGCAACACUAACUCGUUUAUUCUCAUCCUGUUAUCAGUGCUGCUAACUGAAAUAUAUGCAGUGAUGUGUUUGAGAGGUCUGAAUAUCUAUGGCUACAUCAGCCUUUUGGGAGGGUUGUAACAAGGGAUAGUUUGACCCAUGUUACAGCCAUCUAAGUGAAAGCUCCGUUUUAUUUUUCUGGGUGUGCAAAGACCCCUUUCUGUUGCCUGUGCAAUUCUGGUGAAUGGCAGAGUUGAGAAGCAGGACAGGCUAUGUUGUUAAAUGUUUUGAAGCAAUAGAACAUUUUUAAGCAAACUGGAAAAUAGUAAUUUAUUAUUAGUGUGCAUAUCACAUUUUAUUAUGGCAGGGGUCGCUCAGGUACUUGCACAAUUUUGAAGGUGGUAUAAUUUAUCAGUGGCUAUUUUUCCUGUAACAUUUAACAAAGAUAUGAAUUUAAAAAAUCUUCUGUUCUGUUUUGGUUAAGAGCUUACCUACUUGUAGUUCUUUUCCUAUUUAAAAAUAAAGAUA